GGGGGAACUCUUUCUGACGAUCAUUCUGCCCAAAAUUUUUAGCAGAAGGAAAAACGUCUUUUACGAGUCUUUUUAUUAAUAAAACCCAAAUAAAAAACCUCAAAAAUGGAGUCAGCAUACAAAUUUACAGAAUAUAGAUAUAGGUUUCUAAAAGAAACAAAAAAUUUUUCUAGUGCGAACUCACGAACUACGAAAAAUGAACAAAUAAGGAAAUUUUCGCAAAAAGUAGAGAAAACGAGAUCAGAACUAAAAAAGGUUAAAACUGGCGUCAACAAAGAAUUUGAUCAGCCGAACAAAUCUAAAAAAGGAAGAUCGACAUCAAACAGGAGAAAACGGGAAGAAAUUUUAGAGAUACCAGUUUUACCUGAAAAUACCAGUAAUGAUCAGCAGGCAAAGGAGGCAC